CUCGGCAGAAUGGCCACGGAGGAGCGGCAUCUCUCCUCCAGCUGUGGGUCCUUCAUCAAGACCGAGCCCUCCAGCCCAUCUUCUGGCAUCGACGCCAUCAGCCACCACAGCCCGAGUGGCUCCUCCGACGCUAGCGGUGGCUACGGCAUCGCCAUGGGUGGCCACCCCAAUGGCUUAGACUCGCCACCCAUGUUCAAUGGCACGGGGAUUGGCAGUGGGUCCUGCCGUAAGCGUUACGAUGACUGCGCCAGUGCCAUCAUGGAGGACUCGCCCACCAAGUGCGAGUACAUGCUCAAUGCAAUCCCCAAGCGGCUGUGCCUGGUGUGCGGGGACAUUGCUUCUGGGUACCACUACGGCGUGGCUUCCUGUGAGGCGUGCAAAGCCUUCUUCAAGAGGACUAUUCAAGGGAAUAUUGAAUACAGCUGCCCGGCCACCAAUGAAUGUGAGAUCACGAAACGGAGGCGCAAGUCCUGUCAGGCCUGUCGCUUCAUGAAAUGCCUCAAAGUGGGGAUGCUAAAAGAAG